UAAUGUUUAUUGAAGACCAGCGCAGACCAUGUGGCUCAUACGCAGUGCUACAAGUCGGCGUCAGAGUUCCUUCGAACAGCAGUGCCUACCCAGUCCCGAAUAUACAGUAACCCAUGUUGGCCUGAAAGGGCUACGUUGAAGAGAGGAACGUUUGUACAUAAUGACACAUAUUCAGUGACCCAAGUUGACGCGAUGGUUAGUUUCGAACCCUGCUACCUCACACACAAGCCCGAUGCGCUAACCAUUCGACCAAAGACGACCCAGUGACCCAGGUUGGUGGAAAAUGGUUAGACACAUAGAUACAAAUUAGAUAGAUAGAUAGUAGAUAGAUAGAUAGCCCCGAAAAGUGCGUGAAGUACCCUAAGAAUGCUAACGCAUAAAAACUGGUUUUUGCAGGGUACCUGGCGUCUUUUUCUGUUUUGCUGGAUCAAGUAAUGAGACAUUCCAACACCAGAUGUACUAGUUGGCCAUUUUUUUUCUUAUUAUCUGUUUGCUGAAUGAUGUCAUUGCAGCCCACAGUAUCAAGCAGGGUGUGUUCAAUGAAGGAAUGGGAGGAGGCCUACUUGACGUCGGUGGCCCAGUUGGUGGGUACCUCGGCCAGAUGGGGCCAGGUGCACGGGCAGGCUACGACACUCCCGGCAUCGACUACGGCAUUGGACCAGUAGGAGGUGGCGGAACCUUCGGUGCAAACUACCAGGGUGGAGGUGCUCUUACGAACUUGGGCUCCUACGGUCCUGGAUUCAUGGGUGGACAAUUCGGAGGCGUAGGUCCGAUGGGUGGAGGAGCUAAUCUAGGUACCGUCACCGGCAUUGUUGCAAAUGGUGUUCGCGGAAGCCUCUCACGAGACAGAAACGAGGAAAGAGAGGAUCGUCGGGCACGAAGAAGAGAAGAACGGGAGAGACGACGCGAAGAGCGCAGGCGGCUAAGAGAAGAACGGAGGCUGUUGAGAGAAGAAAAGAGGCGGGAACGACUGGAGCGAAGGCGUCUUGGCAGUAGAAGAAGCGACUCUGAGGAGGAUCUGGCCGCAGCACGCAGGGAGAAGGCCACGCUUGGCCUCAGCGCAGUCAGCGCAGGCUUGUCUGCCGUCAACACCGUGGGAACCUUGAGUACCCUUGGCAGACUUGGAGCCUUUGGAGGCGGAAACAAUGUAGGAGGACUUGGCGGCGGCAUUUCUGGCAGGAGGUGCACGACAUGCAUCUGAAAGACACUCCGUUCCGGCGAAGGUUGACUUCGUACAAGAGGUCAUUGUGGGCUCGUGAACGCGAAUGUAGCAGUCUACCGCGGCAAGUUGACCUUCUAUUGCAGUUCAUCGCACCAGGAGGGUACGGACGACCUUUGCAUUCUCGCAUGGGAGUCGACCCCAUCCGUCAAUAAAAA